AUGUAUGCCACAAUUACCGCGAUAUCUCGGGAAAUUAGCUACGCCACUCUUCCAUCAAUUUCACUGGGCCCAUUGGUUAUUCACUUCGCUCCGCUGGGGUCGAUAUUGAUCAUUCUCGCCAACCUGGUGACAGUUCUAGUCCUCUGUUUCUACGGACUCGACACUUCGGAUGUCUGGCAGUGGGAAAAUGUCGGUUAUCGAACAGGUUUCAUCGCCAUAUGCCAGCUCCCGCUUAUAUUCCUCUUGGCCGGGCGUCGGAAUAUCAUCGGCUACCUAGUAGACAUGAGCUAUGUCCGCUUAAACUGGUUCCAUCGCUGGAUUGCUCGCACACUGUGGCUGACCGCGACCAUCCACAUGGGCUUCUGGUUUCAUGACUGGGGCCGCUAUGACUACAUCGCGUACCAACUAACACAUGACCCAUUAACAAAACGGGGAUUUGCGGCCUGGUGCAUCCUCACCUUCAUCGUUAUCUCUUCGGCUUCGCCAGUAAGGAAGUUGAGCUAUGAGAUCUUUGUUCUCCAGCAUCUGAUCAGUUUUAUCGGUUUCAUCGUUGCGAUAUGGAUGCAUGCACCCGAGGAGGUCAAGAUAUGGGUCUGGAUCCCCAUCGGGAUCCUUGUCCUUGACCGGGUGCCUGGUCAACAUAUAUUUUUAACAUGUCACCGCAUCGCUCCGUUUCAGAGUCAUCCGUUUACAAUUGCGUCUUUGCCGGAGGAUGGGAGGAUGGAGUUCUUUAUACGCGCACAAGGUGGAGGAACGAGAGGCUUUGCAGCUUUUGCUGAGGAAAAGAGGUCGAUGGAAGCGGACAUCCGAUGUGGUCCUAUGUUUAUAGAAGGCCCCUACGGCACCCAUAGGCCGCUAAGACAAUUUGACAGCGUGGUACUCUUUGGGGGCGGCAUGGGUGCGACGUUUGUGGUACCAUUACUCCGAGACAUUGUUUCAGCAUGGAAAGGUGAGCAGAGCGACCAGUAUCUCACACGAAAAAACUCCCUAUCGGUUACAAGGCACAUUCGAUUCAUUUGGGCCGUGAAGUCUCGCGCGGAGAUUAGCAUGUUUGAGUCUCAGAUUCAAACUGUUCUUUCUGAUGUCAAUGAAUGUCGACGUUUGAAUCCUGCAUUCAAAAAGGAGGUUGAGAUCAGCAUCUACAUUACGUGCGACAAGGUUUCCCAUCUUGUUCCACUACCACACAGUCGCUCCAGUCAUGAGAACCUCCAAUCGAACAUAGAAUUGUUCGACCUGAUGACAAAUUCCCGCAAUAAUUCUGUUGACAGUACAUCAGCGGACGGAGAGGCUGAAAGGCACUGUCAGGAGAAAUCUCGCAAGCACUCAACUCCAAUUCGGGAACAAAUCUGUCCAAACACCGGCAACUUGAACUGCCCUAUUCCAGCACUCUCACGGGAACAGGCUUGUACGGACUCGGAUCAUUCCGCGGAAGAAUCAGCACAACUCCUCCAAUCCUAUACAAACACAAGUCCCACCAUUCUAUCAGGUCGUCCUUCACCGCACGCAAUCGUUCGGAAAUCACUCGAGAGGGCCCAAGGUGAAAGCGCUGUGGUUGUCUGUGGACCUCGUGGUAUGGUUGAUGAUGUUCGGCUGAGUGUUGUUUCUCUGAGUGAUGAACGUGCGGUGCAUAAGGGUACGGAGGCGCAAGGCAUUUAUUUGCAUGUAGAGAGCUUCGGGAUCUGA